GGGAGGAGGAGGAGGAGGGCGAGGAGGAGUGGUGGUGGUAUUGUACUUUAACAGCAGGUUCCCCUGCUCCUCCGUUGCGGCCUACUUCCUUCUUGAUCAUGUGACCACCUGGCAGCAAUAGUGAUUAAGUGGGAGAACUGCAGGUUCAACGAUGCUGGAGGCCACAACAAGUCCCAAGAAAUAUGACAACCGCCGCCUCGGUCCUCACAAAAAAGGGAGAAGAUGCCAUUCCACCAUGUGAGGGCGGGCCUGCUCUAUCCAGACAACUACCUGAGCAACUCCCUGACAGAGGACAGGGAAUCCUUCCAGCUCACCAGCAUCUCCACAGAGGAGCUGGGAGAGAUCCGCGAGGCUUUCCGUGUUUUGGAUCGCGACGGGAAUGGUUUCAUCUCCAAACAGGAGCUGGGCAUGGCCAUGCGCUCCCUCGGUUACAUGCCAAGUGAAGUGGAGCUGGCCAUUAUCAUGCAGAGACUGGACAUGGACGGGGACGGCCAGGUGGAUUUUGAGGAGUUUAUGACAAUACUCGGGCCAAAGCUGCUCUCGUCCGACAACAGAGAAGGAUUUCUGGGCAACACCAUUGACAACAUCUUCUGGCAGUUUGACAUGCAGCAGCUGUCUCUGGAUGAGCUGAAGCAGGUGCUGUUCCACGCCUUCCGGGACCACCUGACGAUGAAGGACAUAGAGAACAUCAUCAUCACAGAGGAGGAGAGCCUCAACGAAAACUCAGGGAACUGUCCUGAGUAUGAGGGAGUCCAUCCGAAGAAGAAGAACCGGCAGACGUGCGUCAGGAAAAGCCUGAUAUGCGCCUUCGCGAUGGCGUUCAUCAUCAGUGUCAUGCUCAUCGCGGCCAACCAGAUGCUGCGGAACGGCAUGGAGUGACCAAUUGCACUGUGAGCACGGGGAGUGGACAGGACAGCCACGACCUCACACACAUCUUGUCUUUGCAGCCAAAGCUGGAGCAGCCACAACCCGAGCACUUCUCUGAACAAUCAGUUGACCCCAGUUUCUUUUUUUUUCUCCCCCCCCCUCCUCCUUUUGAUUUUAAUUUGAAAGACACCGUGUAAAGUUACCUGAGUCGGAAAAGAAUUGUGUUUUAUAUCAAUCGUAGGGAAUACCAGUACGGUUUUAUCUUGAUUGUCUAAUUACUGAGAAUGCUUAUCAGGUGCUUUGAGCCAUUACUAAUUAAAAAAACAACAAUAGUGAUUAUUGACUACUGCAUAUUUACCCCUAUAAAGUUGCACUGAAUGUGAACAGAGUGAAUGUGGGCACUGAAUGUCGGGCACAGUAUCUAAAACCAAUUGUAAAUCUCUCACCUCGCACCUCAUGCAGUCUCGUGUAAAACAUCACAUACCGUCUGUGUAACAACAUCUACAUCCUCGGCUCACCUCACCAAUCCCGGAGCACAUGGAAUAUUCUCUUUGUAUGUAUCUACGUACGAGCAGCACAACUUAAUACUCAGCGAGGGGCGACUGUCCCGCUAUCUCUAGGUCAACUGGUCACGCGUGGGUCGUGUGUGGGUACUUAAUGUCCAGCCUGUAAAUAUAGGCCGUCUUAAAAGGUGUAAAAAAUAAUAAUAAUAGUAAUAAUAAUAAUAACGCCCACAUGUCAAAUCUAUCAAGUGAAACUGAAGGUGUUAUUUUUCUUUUUUGCAUAUUAAUACGACCACGCUGGGAUGUGUCAAGAAGACAUGAGUGUAGAUCUACUGCCAUAGCAGACAUUUCUCUAACUGCUAACUUUAGUUUGUGUAAUCUAUAAAAAAAAACAAAAGGGUAGAGAGGAGUGAGACACAUCAGGGCUAUAGGGUCCAGCUGUAAUAAUAUAUACACCCAUUUACUUGGCAAGUGUUGCAUUCUAGUGGUUCAAAUGGAAACUGCAGCUCAAUGCUGGAGUGAAAAACAAGCUGGAAGUUCACAAGGGCAGUUUGGUUGUGUGAAAUAGUGAAAACUCAACUAUUCUAAGUUAUAUUUUCCCUAAAUCCUUAUUUGAGCAGUUGCAGUAUGUACAGUUUAGCAGUGGGUGACGGCUGCGACGCCCGUGACCUUUCCUGGGGGGGGGGCGGGUGUCAUGGCUGUGUUUUAUGGUUUAGAUGUAAUAGCACUACCAUUUUAUAAAGCCUGCCGGGGCGAUGAUGAUGAGGAGAAAGUUUGGAAAGGACCUUGUAGGUGUUUACAAUCGUGCUCCUCUUUUAUAACAGGGAUGCCCCAAGGUUGAGCAUCCAAAUGACACCACAGAUUUAAUUUGAGAAGUUUUUUUUCUCCUGUGGGUGCAAGGCUGGGCAAUAAAAAAAAAAGAUGUCACUGGUAAAUCUACCGUUGUUGGAAUUGUAUUGUGACUAUAUAUAUGUUUCUAUUCUGUUCAAAUCUCUCGUCCAAACAAGUUCUUUUCUACCUUUUAUUGUUGAGAAUGAACACGCUUGCAUAGACAACGUUUGACUCCAGCGAGCGUCAUUCCCAUCCCCUUUUUAAUGUGAUUGUUUUGUGAUAUUAUGAGAUGUCCUCAAAACAGCAUUUUCAAUAAUAUUGUGGCAAUUAUUUGUAUUAUAACAGAUUUGUUGACAUUUACUACUAUUGAUUACAACGCCAACUCGUAUGGAUUUAUAAAUUGCAUGGUGCUGCCCCUCGGACAUACCCUGAUCAUCAUUUCCAUUAAUUCCCCGGAGCAAUUCAUUAUUUGGUCUCUCGUUUUUUUUCGCUGGCCUGAAUGAAAACAUGACAAAACUAAUGUGGGAAAAAAAAAGGUUUGUAUGAUUAAGUACAACAGCAAAAAUGUAUUAUACUGUAUAUCAGUAUGCAUGUCGUUUCGAUUCCCGUGUCCUUGGAAAAAACAAGGGAAUCCAUUUACGUACUCCUUUCUUUGUGGUGACACAGCCUUGAUUUAAAUGUAGGUAUUAUGUACUACUGUCACAUGUUCAUUUUUUACUGUAAUAGCCAUUUUUCUAGUUUUUAACCAGCUAUUAAUCAAACCAGAGUGCAGGGGAGGACAUUUUCAUAAAUAUGCAAAUACAAGGUCACGUCAUCAUCAUCAUCAUCACCAUCUUUUCCAUCUCUGUUUCAUGUCAUCUGGAGUCUGUGGGUCUCGACGCUGGACGGUUCAAAUUGUAUGUAUAAUCUGCUGUAUAAUGUACGCUACACUUACUUUUGUCCAAGUCCAUUAAUGUCUUUGAUAUUCUCAGCACAUUUAACCUGACGGACCAUGUUUUCACCUGUGUCUAUUCGUGUCACGGUCCCCUUUUGAAAACCAGCAUAAAUCACUUGAUCUCAGCCACUCUCGAAAUAUCUGUGCCAUUCAGACAUUCUUGUACAGGAAACCUAUUUAAGAAAAAGACACAGAAACAACACAAAACUAAUUUUGGAGUUGACAUUAUUAUGCUGUACAUCUGUAUCAAGAAUCCGUUCAUGAUUUUUCAUGUUUUUUCAGAUUUUGUUCUUACCAAAACAACCAAGCGUGUUUUUACCUUGUAGAUUGUACAGAGACAAAAACAAAAGACAGAUCAUGUUAUACACACAACCUUGGCAUGCUGCUUAGAAAUCAUGAAAGAAAACAGCAAUAGUUACCAACUGAAUGGAUAUCUAAAAAUGCAGAAAACAAAUUGAAUCUGUUUAAUCUAAAAAAAAAAAAAAAUCUAUAUAUCUAUAUACCCAUAUAUGUUUAUGCAAUAAAACCUUGUUUUUAUAGAAAAGGGGCAUCUGUUUUUACUUGUGAUUCUGAAAUUAAUAUUUCAAAUAUAGCACC